UUACUACUGGUCUCCUUUUGUGCUUUCAGCCUUUAUUUGCUUGCAGCAGCUGCCGGGAUAGAAAUCACUUUGUUUGGAAGACGGUCUCUCGGUUUCUUGUAGUCUUACAGCUUGGUUGUCGCUUUGCUCUUCCAGUGCUGCCUGAUACACAGACAUGAGGAAUCACACUUCCAUCACUGAGUUCAUCCUGUUGGGAAUUCCUAACACUGAAGGGUUGGAGAACGUGCUCUUUGUCCUGUUUCUGGCCUUCUGCCUCAUAACCUUGCUGGGGAACCUGCUCAUCUUCCUCACCAUUCUGGCUUCCUCUAACCUCCACACCCCCAUGUGUUUCUUCCUGGGAAACCUCUCUGCGUUUGACAUAUUUUUCCCUUCAGUGAGUUCCCCCAAAAUGAUGCGCUGCCUCAUGGGGCAAAGCUGUGUCAUCUCUUACCGGGGCUGUGCAUCCCAGCUCUUCUUCUACCACACGCUGGGUGGCACCGAGUGCUUCCUGUACACCGUGAUGGCCUACGACCGCUUUGUGGCUAUUUGCCACCCUUUACGAUACACAGUUAUCAUGAGCCGCAGGGUGUGUAUUGUCCUGACAUUGAGCACUUGGCUGGGGGGCUGUCUACAGGGAAGUGUCCUCGUGUUUCUUGUCUUUAAGUUGCCCUACUGUGGCCCCCAUGAGGUGGACAGUUUCUUCUGUGAUAUCCCAGUGGUGCUGCCCCUGGCUUGUGCAGAUACCUCUCUGGCUCAGACAGUGAGUUUCACUAACGUGGGUGUUGUGACACUCACGUGUCUUUUCCUUAUCCUUACUUCCUAUAGUCGCAUCAUCUUUUCCAUAUUGAAAAUCAGCUCAUCAGAAGGCAGGCGUCGAGCCUUCGCCACGUGCAGUGCCCACCUGACUUCGAUCCUCUUGUUCUAUGGGCCGGUGAUGCUCAUCUAUCUGCGGCCUGCCUCCAGCCCCUGGCUCGACUCCGUUAUUCAGGUGUUGAAUAAUAUUGUCACGCCUUCCCUUAAUCCUUUGAUUUACACCUUGAGAAACAAGGAUGUGAAAUUGGCUCUCAGGAAAGUGUUAACUCAGAUGGUCCACGUUUCUGGAGCAUAAGUUAUAGGGUCAGUGCCUCUCUCUCAGACUCUUUGGGGAGUUGCUUCAGAUUGACUCUUACAACAGGAUUGUUGCCAAAUGGAAAGCUGGGCAGAGUUACAUUUAAUGGGCGUUUCUUGGGCAUCCUAAUAGGUACACAAAGGGUAAGGACAUCAGUGGGUUUACCCUUCAAAGGAAGCCUUUUCAG